UGAGUUUUGACAAUCAUUCUUAUUUUCUUCUGUGUGUCUGUGUACAAAAACUUGCUGUCGCUUAAUUAAAUCGUUAAUUCCAACAAGGAUAAUAAUCGAAAGCGUCCAAAUUAGUUUUUAAACAACAGUACGAAGCUUAUCUCUCAUAAUGAUGGAUUGUGUGGAAGACACCAACCAUGAUCCCCUGUCGGCACCCUCAGUGACGUCUCCAGGCUCUCUAGACCCUAAACUAGACAAGAAGAAACCCAAUGAGAAUGUGUGUUUAGCUGAUAAUAGUUUGUUGGUCGACAUAUCGGAUGCUUUAAGCGAAAAAGAAAAAGUAAAGUUCACGGUACACACUAAAACAACAUUGCCAGAGUUCCAAAAGUCUGAGUUUAUUGUAGUGCGGCAACACGAGGAGUUUGUCUGGCUUCAUGACCGCUACGAAGAGAAUGAGGAGUACGCUGGAUAUAUUAUCCCACCGGCACCCCCCCGACCUGACUUCGACGCUUCCCGGGAGAAGCUCCAACGUCUCGGAGAAGGCGAGGGUGCUCUCACCAGGGAAGAGUUCCUCAAGAUGAAGGAGGAACUGGAAGAUGAAUACCUAGCCACCUUCAAGAAGACUGUAGCCAUGCACGAGGUGUUCCUGCAGCGGUUGGCGGCGCACCCGGUGUUCCGCGGCGACGCUCACUUGCGCGUGUUCCUGGAGUACGAGCAGGAUCUGUGCGCCAAGCCCAGGGGCAGGAUGGAUCUCAUUGGUGGACUGAUGCGUUCUAUGACAACAACGACGGAUGAGAUAUAUCUCGGCGCGACGGUUCGAGAUGUGAACGACUUCUUCGAGCAAGAGACCACGUUCUUGCAAGAAUACUACUCGCAUCUGAAAGAGGCUGUUGCCAAAGUCGACAGGAUGACUACUAAGCAUAAAGAGGUGGCGGACGCCCACAUCAGACUGUCGUCGUGCAUCACUCAGCUGGCCACCAGGGAGCAGCCUCCCACCGAGAGGUUCCUCACGAGAGCCGCAGAGACCUUCGACAAGUGCCGGAAAAUCGAGGGUCGCAUGGCAUCAGACCAGGACCUGAAGCUGGCGGACACGCUCCGGUACUACAUGCGGGACGCGCACGCCGCGAAGGCUGUGCUGGUACGGAGACUAAGAUGUCUUGCGGCUUAUGAAGCUGCUAAUAGGAAUCUUGAAAAAGCGAGAGCGAAGAACAAGGAUGUACAUGCGGCGGAGCAGGCGCAGGCGGACGCGUGCGCUAAGUUCGAGCAGCUGUCGGCGCGUGCGCGGGAAGAACUCAUCGACUUCCGGACUCGGCGGGUCGCGGCUUUCAGGAAAAGUCUAUUGGACCUAGCAGAGUUGGAGAUCAAGCACGCUCGCUCCCAACAGGAGCUGUUCAGGAAAUCUCUACAAGUGCUCAAGGAGUGCCAGUGAACAUGACAUUUUGCUGUCGAAGAGAAAAAGCUCACUGAAAUCACGUCAAAAUACAAUAAUAUACUUAUUAGUAUAAGUUAUGAAAUAUAUCCAAAACUAUCUUACUACAAAAUUGUAGAACAACCGUUUACUAAAAUGUCCUUUUUUUCUAGUUUUAUUUGAAAGAAUUAGGACAAUGGAUAGUCAGACUUGCGACUCUGAGGGUUCCGUACGAAUUGGAUAAAGUUAAAAAACAUGGUUGGGUGAUAAGUAAAUUUAUGAACGCAACAAGCGUUGCUUAACCUCAAUCUGUAUUCGUUGUUAUAGCGACAUUAGAAAUGCAUCAUCUGUCUAAAAUUUAAAUUGUCCAGUUAGUUAUCACGGUUCGUGAGAUACAGCCUAGUGACGGAUGGACUGACAACGCAGUCCCAGUUAUGGCAGUCGUUAUGGUUGUUGUAUGAUUUUGCGGUAUGAUAGUAAUAGACUUUUUAGUCGUAUAUUUAAAUAUAAUUCCCUUAUGUAAAUGUGGUGUUAAGUUUAGAUAAUCACUUGUUUUGGCUAUGCAAUUAUUUUAUAACGAUUCGUUUAUAGAAAGAUGAUAUUUAUUAUGUUAUAGAAUUUUGUUUUAAAAUCGCACACAUGUGCAACAUAUACAAAUCGGACUAGUGACGUCAUUUGUCUUUACAAUGUGUACUGGUAAGUGACGUCACACGAGAUUUCGACUUACCGUGUCAUAUUAAUUUUUUGUUUCAGGUUUAAAAGUAUAGUAAUUAUUCCAUAUCUUUUGGAAAUCUAUCGGAACUUUCGGAUUAAUUAGAUUUGUUUUAGGUAUAUCUUUACUUGAUAUUGUUUUUCUAAAUUCUAGUCUGUUUUUUUUUAACUUGUCUUUCUAAAAACGAGUCGUUUUUAAUAAAGUCUCUGUACUUGUAUGUAUCAUUUAAGAGAAACGUGUUAUAUUUAAAUGUUUAUAUUUUAAGAAAAUAUAUGAUUAUCCUUA